AUGGCGCACAGAUUGCUCAGAGACCAUGAAGCCGACGGUUGGGAGCGCUCUGAUUUUCCUAUUAUCUGCGAAUCCUGCCUUGGAGACAGCCCCUACAUUCGAAUGACCAGAGCAGAGUAUGACAAGGAGUGCAAGAUUUGUACACGGCCAUUCACUGUUUUUCGAUGGAGACCUGGUCGAGAUGCAAGAUAUAAGAAAACAGAGAUCUGCCAGACGUGUAGUAAAUUGAAAAAUGUCUGUCAAGUGUGCCUUCUGGAUCUUGAAUAUGGACUACCAGUUCAAGUUCGGGACACAGCUCUCAGUAUUGAUUCCAAUGAUGCCAUUCCAAAGAGUGAUGUUAAUAGGGAGUAUUUUGCUGAAGAGCACGACCGGAGGGCCAGAGCUGGUAUAGAUUACGAAUCCUCUUAUGGUAAAGUACGUGCAAAUGAUACUAUCAUGAAGCUUCAAAGGACAACACCAUAUUACAAGAGAAACCGGGCUCAUAUUUGCAGUUUCUACAUAAGGGGUGAAUGUACCAGAGGAGCUGAGUGCCCUUAUCGACAUGAGAUGCCAGUAACUGGGGAAUUGUCUCAACAAAAUAUUAAGGAUCGUUAUUAUGGAGUGAACGAUCCAGUGGCUUUGAAGCUACUUGGCAAGGCAGGAGAGAUGACUACUCUGGAGGCUCCUGAGGAUGAAAGCAUUAAAACACUUUAUGUUGGUGGACUUGAUGCUAGGGUCACUGAGCAGGAUUUGCGGGAUCACUUCUAUGCCCAUGGAGAAAUUGAAUCCAUCAAAAUGGUUCUCCAACGGGCUUGUGCCUUUGUAACAUAUACAACCAGAGAAGGUGCAGAAAAAGCAGCAGAAGAACUCUCCAACAAAUUGGUUAUUAAGGGCCUAAGGCUAAAGCUAAUGUGGGGCAGGCCUCAGACAUCGAAACCUGAGUUUGAUGGUUCUGAUCAAGCAAGGCAGCAGACAUCUGUAGCUCACAGUGGAUUAUUGCCUCGAGCAGUUAUAUCACAGCAGCAGAACCAGGACCAAACCCAAGGAAUGAUUUACUAUAACAGUCCACCACCUCCUCAGCAGGAAAGAAGCUACUAUCCAUCAAUGGAUCCUCAAAGAAUGGGUGCUCGUAUUCCAUCCCAAGAUGGUCCUCCUGGUGGGCCUUCUGGGUCAGGGGAGAACAAGCCUGGUUUGGAAAAGCAGCAGAUGCAACAUUAUCCCCAUUCCAUGAUGCCUCCUCCACCUGGCCAAUAUCAUCAUCAAUAUUAUCCUCCAUAUGGUUAUAUGCCACCAGCUCCCCCCUAUCAUCAGUAUCCACCAUACAAUGCUGCAGGGCCACCAUCACAGCCACCAGCUGCUAAUCAUCCUUAUCAGCAUUCUAUGCAGCCAGGGUCUGGACCGGCCACAUCUGCCCCAGCUGAAACUGGAACAUCAACUUCAGGGUCACAGCAGCAAUAA